CCCCGUUUGUCUUGGAAGUUUGGUGUCCAGACUAGACCAGGCCGUCUCUCGAAGUAGUCCAAUCCGGGCACCGGCAUACCGGCACGUCGUUCCCAGGCAAAAUGCCCCCCGUUCAUGGUCCAGAAAGCUUCGGCUCCGGCUCCGGCGAGGGCCGAUUUCCCAGUUCCUCGCGUCUCCACUACCAGUCCCCCGCCUCCGAGUGGUCUGAAGCCCUACCAAUCGGCAACGGGCGGCUGGGUGCCAUGAUCUAUGGGCGAACUGAUACCGAGCUCUUGCAGUUGAACGAGGACUCGGUGUGGUACGGCGGGCCGCAGGACAGGACACCAAAGGACGCCCUCCGUCACUUGCCGAAACUCCGACAGCUCAUCCGAGAUGAAAAGCACGCCGAGGCCGAGUCUCUCGUGAGAGAGGCCUUCUUCGCGACGCCCGCCAGCAUGCGACACUACGAACCGCUGGGCACUUGCACUAUUGAAUUCGGUCACGCCACUGAGGAUGUCACGGACUACCGCCGAUGUUUGUGUCUGGAAACCGCGCAGAUGACUGUCGAAUAUCAAUGUCGUGGUGUCUCUUACCGUCGAGACACCAUUGCCAGCUUUCCAGAUAAUGUAUUAGCGUUCAGAAUCACGGCAUCGGAGGCCACUCGAUUCGUCAUUCGACUAAACCGAGUCAGCGAGAUUGAGUGGGAGACCAACGAGUUCCUCGACAGCAUCGACGCAGUGGACGGGCAGGUUACACUGAGUGCAACGCCUGGCGGACGGAAGAGCAAUCGAUUGUCUAUUGUUCUCAAGGUCUCUUGCGAUGACGCUGCAGGAUCCGUGGAGACUGUCGGUAACUGUCUCGUGGUGACCUCUUCGGCGUGUACGAUUGCCAUUGGCGCUCAGACAACCUACCGAGAGAACGAACCUGAAGAAGCCGCUAGGGAUGAUGUCCUCAAGGCGCUGAAAGCCCCUUGGGCCACACUGGUUGAUCGUCAUCAGGUGGACUAUCGGAACCUCUUUGGUAGAACGACACUUCGCAUGUGGCCUGAUGCCGACCAUCUCCCAACAGAUCAGCGAAUCAAACAGAACCGAGAUCCCGGGCUGGUUGCUCUAUAUCAGAACUACGGUAGGUAUUUGCUCAUCUCAGCAAGCCGAGACUCUAUGAAGGCGAUGCCUGCGACGCUGCAAGGCAUCUGGAACCCUUCUUUUGCUCCACCUUGGGGAUGCAAGUAUACCAUCAACAUCAAUCUUCAGAUGAAUUACUGGCCGGCCGGGCCGUGUAACUUGACCGAGUGCUCCAUUCCGAUGCUCGACUUGCUAGAGCGGAUGGCGGAGCGGGGGAGAAAAACGGCAAAGGCCAUGUACGGCUGUGGAGGAUGGUGUGCGCAUCACAACACUGAUAUCUGGGCAGAUACGGAUCCUCAAGACCGAUGGAUGCCAUCUACAAUAUGGCCUCUCGGCGGUGUCUGGGUCUGUAUCGACGUGUUUGAGAUUUUGCAGUAUCAGUAUGACGAGACCCUUCACAAGCGAGCCGCAGCUGUCCUAGAGGGCUGUAUCGUUUUCCUUCUCGACUUUCUAGUGCCAUCAGCUUGCGGUACAUACUUGGUAACGAACCCAUCGCUAUCACCCGAGAACACCUUCAUCUCUGAUUCAGGCGACGCUGGUAUUCUCUGCGAAGGUUCCGCCAUCGACAUGACUAUUAUUCGAAUAGCUUUUGAGAGAUAUCUUUGGAGUGCUGAUAAACUGCACCUUGAUAGCCAGUUGCGAACCCAGGUGAAAGAGGCCCUCGGCAAGGUGCCUGAGUUGUCUGUCAAUGCCGACGGCUUGAUUCAAGAGUGGGGGGUAAAGGAUUACAAAGAGCUUGAGCCGGGCCAUCGACAUGUCUCCCACUUAUUUGGGCUGUAUCCGGGAGAAAGCAUCAGCCCUGGGAGAUCUCCAGAGCUGGCGACUGCUGCAAAAAGAGUGCUAGAACGAAGAGCAGCGCAUGGAGGCGGACACACGGGCUGGAGCAGGGCUUGGUUGCUCAAUCUCCAUGCUCGACUCUUGGAUGCCGAAGGCUGCGGUCAGCAUAUGGAUAUGCUGCUUAAGAGCUCGACGUUGCCGAACAUGCUCGACAAUCAUCCCCCGUUCCAGAUUGACGGCAACUUUGGUGGGUGUGCCGGCAUCCUCGAGUGCUUGGUUCAGUCCACUGUCUUGCAAGAUACCACAGAGACACAUGUAGUCGAGAUUCGACUUCUCCCGUCAUGUCCCAUGAGCUGGCCCGAUGGUGAGCUUUCACGGGUUCGGACUAAGGGUGGAUGGCUUGUGACGUUGGAAUGGCGGAACAGCAGUAUCAAAGAGCCGGUAUUGGUGGAAUACCCUAGUGCUGAAAAUGCUGAGGCUCAAAUUGUUUUCCCCGAUGGUUCUCGGACUAUUGUGUGUGGCGGUGCGCCAUUGUCCAAGCAAUAUGUAGAGCGCCAAGCAUAGAAAGGCUAGAAUUGUUGAUGAGGAUCCCAGCCACUUUCAUCAAUGGACGGACGGCAAAGCUUCGAAGCUUUCUAAGGUUGCUCAUGAUUCUGGGAGCAAUCGUCUCAUUCAUCGUCAUCUCAAUCUCGAGUUGCCGAACAUGCGAAUCCAUAUGAUAAAUCCAUUGCUGCGUGAAUUUUCUUUCUCCAGAAUACGGACGCUCGUCCCGAAAUAUUUGCGAAGUCCGGCCUUGAGGAGAAUUCGGGUGCAGAUGAAAAAUUGGCAAGACAACAACACAUGGACCCUUCAUUUCCCACGUUUAUUUGGCGACCGAAAUUUCAGUGUCGCGGCGAACGGACGUUGUCUGCAGGGCGCAAAUGGCCUGAGAGUCGGCACCAUGACCGCCACUUCCGAGCGGUUGGCGUGAAACAUUGGAGACUUUGAAGUUGGAAGCCUUUUACGGUCAAAGGGCCGCGGUAUCGGCGCGAGAUGGAUCUUUGGAUGAAUGGGUCAGGGUCCGCCGAGAGGUUGCACUUGCGCCGGCCGUCCGGUCCGUUACGACGAUAUCGAUUGGACGGUUGUAUCGGAAGCGACAUGAGGACGGAGGGGACAACUUGUAUCUGCGACGGGUGUGACGAUCGCCGGCCGGGCAGAAAUUGGCGAUGGAAAAUGCGCGGAGCACUGGAACGGAGCUCCCUGCUCGUUGAGGAGGAUCUCCCGCGUGCGUAUCCGUUGGACUAGUGCAACUCUGAACUAGUGAGCCGGUAAUUUUUGGUAGGUCAGCUGCAUGAGAGGAUGACCUAGGAUUUUGGUGAGCAAAUGAGCGACUUUCUAACUUUCUAGAGUUGACGGUGGCAUGAGACGGAUGGAUUUCCAGUGUCAUGCGGAUGGGACACUGGACCUUGGCGCUUGGGCGUCUGAAACAUGGCAUCCGAACCUUUCUGCUGGCUCCCGCGAGUGAUGUGACCUGUUUCUUUUUUCCUUUUGAGAGGCUAGGACAAUCUGCAUCGCAGCUUGCAUCGGCGCCAACGCGGCUGCGCCUGUGCAAAGCAACCUCGGAGCAGCGUCCAACAGGUUGC